AUGGAGAAAAAAUGGACAUACCGUGCUGUCUAUUCCAUCAUCCAGAUACAUUUUGUCAGGGGAAUAUGGGAAGGAAAAUUCAGCGCAGGAGAAGACAUUUAUGCUUCACCUGGCUCUGAUGUCAAUCUGACCUGCCAAACACAGAAGAAAGGCAUCUUGGUGCAAACGCAAUGGUCCAAGGUCACCGAAAAGGGGGACAUCAUUGCCAUUUAUCACCCCCAACAUGGCUUCCACUGUGCCAAUGGGGUUCCCUGUAAGUCACUGGUGACUUUCACAGAAACUCCUGGGAAUGUGUCAACGUGGACGCUGCACUUAAGGAACAUGUCCUCCUCACUCAGUGGGAAGUAUGAGUGCAGCUUUAUUUUUUUCCCACUAGGCAGUCAGACUAAAAUCUACAACCUUCUCAUUCAGGAAAAUGUUACACAGGAAGAAUGGAGAAGCCACAAUACAAUAGAAAUAGAGAUAAAUCAGACUCUGAAAAUACCAUGCCUUCAAAAUAUCUCCUCGGGAAUUUCAUCUGAGUUCACCUUUGCAUGGUUGGUG